AUGUCUACAUCGAUUAGUUCAAGACUUAAGUGGGGUUUCCUCCCUAAAAGACGUAUCGUGGAUGAAGAGCCAUCUGGAACCAUAGUCGCACAAUCUGCAGAACUGGAACUGGAUGUUGAUGACAAGGCUAGUGAAGAUGUCAAUGCCAAGGAAACUGAAGACAAUUUACAAGAAAAGAAGGUUCAACCAGAGCUCGAAUCUAAGGAAUUGCAACUUGAAUACCGUGAUGAAAAAAAUCGUAGAUGGUGGAACUUUUUCGAUGAGUACGAAUAUCGUGUUCAAACUUCCACCAAGAAAAAGCAAAAAUGGUUCAAAUGGUUUCAUGAAGAUGAUACUCCAGAAGAAAGAAGACUUAUUCUUAAGUUGGACAUUCUUCUUGCCUUCUAUUCUCUUGCCGCCUACUGGGUCAAGUACUUGGAUCAAACUAAUUUGAACAAUGCCUAUGUUGCUGGUUUAAAAGAAGAUCUUGGUAUGAAGGGUAACGACUUGGUCAACACCCAAGUCAUGUUCACCAUUGGUAACAUUGUUUUCCAAUUGCCAUUUAUGUACUUAUUGUAUGGUGCUCCGCUCUCGUAUAUCCUCCCAUCCUUGGAUAUCGUUUGGUCGAUCAUCACCAUUUGUUUGUCUCAAGUCCACACUGUCCCUCAAUUGAAGGCCCUUCGUUUCCUUAUUGGGUGUCUUGAAUCUCCGCUGUAUUUUUCAUACCAAUUUCUUUUUGGUAGUUGGUACAAGUCUUAUGAAUGUUCUCGUAGAUCCAUGAUCUUCUACUUGGGUCAAUAUCUUGGUCUUUUGACCAGUUCCUUGUUAUCUGGUUCCAUUGUUCGUACUUUGAACGAUGCCAGAGGAAUGGCGCUGUGGCGUUGGAUUUUCAUCAUCGAUGGGGUCAUUUCCAUUGCUGUGGGUGCCAUUGGUUACUAUUCCAUCCCAGGUACCCCUCGUGAUUGUUACUCGAUCUUUUUAACCGAUGAUGAAAUCAGACUUGCUAGAAAGCGUCUUGAAGUUAACCAAACUGGUUCAAGACCAGAAACUGGUAAAUCCGAAGAACCAAUGUAUAAAUCUUUCCUUUCAUUGGAUCUUUGGAAAUCCAUUCUCAAUUCUUGGGAAAUCUAUGUUCUUAUUGUGUUUAACGUUUUCUGUUGGAACAACAAUAACGGUACUUCUGGUGCUUAUCUCUUGUGGCUUAAGGCUCAAGGUUACACUGAAGGAAGACUUCAAGAUUUGGGUGCAUUGACCCCAGGUUUGGGUCUUCUUUGGCUUUUCCUUAUUUGUACAUAUGCUGAUCUUUUCAAGUCUAGAUGGCUGGCUAUCAUCAUUUCACAAGCAUUGAACAUCACCGGUAAUGCACUUCUUGCUGCUUGGAAUAUUCCAAAGGGAGCCAAAUGGUUUGCCUGGUGUCUUCAAUACUUUGGUUGGGCCAUGGCUCCAGUUCUUUAUUCUUGGCAAAAUGACAUUUGUCGUAGAGAUGCUCGUAAACGUUCUGUCAUUCUUGUUUCGAUGAAUAUUUUAGCGCAAACAACCACUGCAUUCAUGGCUGUCAUUGUAUGGAAGACUGUUGACCAACCACGUUAUCAAAAGGGUUUCAUUUUCACCGCUUGUUGUGCUGCAUCUCUUUCCCUUUGGACUUUUGUAGUCUUAUGGUUCUACAAGAAGGAUGAGAAAAAGACUGCUGCUGAAAGAGGAAUCAUUGUCUACAAUUCUGCUAUAGAAGAACUUGAUCCUGCCAAGUUGGAAAAGCGUCAAGAAGAAGUCAUUUAA